CUCCACAUCCCCACGCUUCAUCGCAUCUCUAACCUGCCUCUCUCUCUAUCUAUCCAACCCCUCUUCUUCUUCUUUUUCUUUUCGCUAUUAUUAUCCCUCGCUUUGACUCUUCGAUGAUUACUCGAUGGAAAAGCGGAGAAUUUAUCAUGAGAUAUUGUAUGAGUUGAUUAAGGAGUGAAUUGAACGAAUCAUGAAGCUGCGCGCUAUACUCAGGAGUCGAGGUAGCGGUAGCGGUAGUGGUAGUUGGGCAUGGGCUCCUCCUCCUCCUCCUCCUCCGAGGACAAGAAGGGGAUAUCUAACAAGCAGCCACGCCCACGGUCCCAGCUCGCCGCCUCUCCUCCCGCACACCAUCCCGCAACACUUCAGCAGCAUCGUGUCCACGCACGGUGAUCGUCUCGGUGUCAUCUCGCGCUCGCAGAACACGAGACUCACGUACCGAGAGCUGGAUGAGCGGAGUAAUGCGCUGGCGAGGGGACUGCAGGAGAGGGGCGUGAGGAAGGGGGAUAGGGUCGUCGUGAAUCUGGGGAAUGGCUGGGAGAAUGCGGUCCUGAGUUAUGCGGUUUGGAAGGUUGGGGGGGUGUUGGUACCGUUGAAUCCAGCCUUCAACUCGACACAGGUCAUCGCGGCACUCUCGCACCUCGCAGCCGCCCACCUAGUAAUCGGCACCGAGACCAAUCUUCCAUACAAGCAGCCGCGGGAGAAUAUCUCGUUGUUGAAACAGAUCGUGCCGGAUCUUGCAUCGUCCAGGGUGGAAUCGGCAGCUGUGCAAUCCCUCCGCAAUAUCAUCCUGGUUGACAAUUCCGAGGACCGCGUGGAUAUCUCUCCGCUCAAAGCGACGAUUCCUUUUACGGAUCUUAUAAAUGGGACGGAUGGGGGGAGGGAGGUCGUCCCGGAUGAACCGCUGCAUAGGGAUGAUAUUGUGAAUAUCCAGUUCACGUCGGGCACGACGAGCCUUCCGAAAGCUGCGUGCCUCACUCAUCACUCGAUCUUGAACAAUGGGUAUUUUAUAGGGGAACGCAUGGGGUUGACCCCCGAGGAUGUGGUUUGUUGCCCGCCGCCGUUGUUUCACUGCUUUGGAUGCAUUCUGGGGUACAUGGCAACGGCUACGCAUGGCUCCGCCAUCCUCUUCCCGAGUGAGGCGUUUAACCCGGAAGCUUCCUUGCGCGCAGUGCAGGAAGAGCGUGCUACAGCCUUAUAUGGCGUAGCCACCAUGUUCGUCGCCGAAUUGGAUCUCCUAGCCAGCGGCAUCGUCCCACACGAAGGCUUCGAGCAUCUCCGGACCGGCAUCGCGGCCGGCUCUUCGGUGCCCAGCAACCUCAUGGCGAAGCUGCACGAGACCCUGAACCUCACGGGGCUGACGAUCUGCUACGGCAUGACCGAGACGAGCCCCGUGAGCUGCAUGACGACGCCCACUGACCCGCUAGAGAAACGGCUCGAUAGCGUCGGCCGUCUCAUGCCGCACGUCGAGGCCAAGAUCGUCGCCGUCGACGACCCGUCCCGCAUCCUGCCCAUCGGCGAGAGGGGCGAGCUCGUCGUUUCCGGCUACCUGGUCAUGAAAGGGUACUGGGGGGACGUGGCGCGCACGGAAGAGGUGCGUAUCGUGGAGCGCGUGGUGGAGGAUGGCGAGGCGCGCGAGAAGGUGUGGAUGCGGACGGGCGACGAGGCCGAGAUGGACGCCCAAGGCUACGUCAAGAUCACGGGCCGCAUCAAGGACCUGAUCAUCCGGGGAGGGGAGAACAUCCACCCGCUGGAGGUAGAGAACGCGCUGUUCAAGCACCCGGCGGUGAGUGAGGCGAGCGUCGUGGGCCUCCCGGACGAGCGGUACGGCGAGUGCGUCGCCGCGUUCGUGGUCGUCCAUCCACACAUCCGCGUGGGUGUCGACGAUGCAGGGAAGGGCGAGGCGGCGGUGGAUAUCGACGAGGAAAAUAAUAAGGGGGAAGCGACGAGGGAUAGGGGUGAAGUGUUGACGAAGCGAGAUGUUCGGGAGUGGGUGCGCUCCCAGCUGAGCAACCACCUGGUCCCGAGAUACGUCUUCUGGGUGAGCGAAUACCCGAAGACGGCGAGUGGCAAGAUCCAGAAGUUUAAGUUAAGGGAGAUGGGCGUAAAGAUGCUGAGGGAUGCGGAGCUGGUGAGAGGUAGGAUGAGGAGUUGAUGAGAAAGGGGGAGGGUGGAAGGGAUGAGGUAGAAUAGGUAGCUUAUAUGUCGUGGCUAUGAGUGAGAUGGGCUUCACUUAUAGAUGCUUGACUUG